GGUGCGCCAUUUUAAGCUUCCUGUUGCAAGUUCCACUGGGAAGAUGGCGGGUGAAACUGGUUGAGUUUUUGCGGUUCACCAAAUAUGAGUUUUAUGUCAAUAACCGAGACACGUCGCUGCUGUUGAUUGUGCAGAAGGCUCGGAUGUGUUGAAGUGUCGCGUGCGAGGAGGAGAUGUCUACCGAAGUCCUCAGACCCGGGCCGGUUGCCUGUGGAGGCAGAAAGCUGGGUGAGCUGAUCGGGAAGCUCCAUGAGUACUUGGCAGUAGCCACGGAAGACCAGACUGAACCUACUUUACCCGGACACUGGAAUGGAACCAUGGCCAAAGAAUACUUGGAGCAGCAGGCUCACGCCCAGUCCAGUGGCACCUCAGAAAUGGGAAUGUUGUCGUCAUCUCGUUCGAGAAGGAAACCAGCUGUUGUCACCAAGCACAGCGGGAUGAACGAGUCAGACACUUCGUCUGAGAGUGGAGCAGAAGAUGGACUGUCUGUCCACUCCAGCGAAACCGACACCAACUUCCUACCCAAAGGAACUGUGUUUGUGCUGCCGGAGCCGGUGGGUAAUGAAGCACGUGAUGAUUUCCGUGGUCCAGAAUUCCGCAGCAGGCGCAUUUACAGGGACAGUGGCGACAGACGCAGAGGAGGAUAUGAGAUGGAGAGGGUAAACUGCACAGCGUGUGGUCAGCAGGUGAAUCAUUUCCAGCGUGACUCAGUCUACAUGCAUCCUAUGCUCAAAGUCCUCAUCUGCAAGAGUUGUUUUAAGUAUUAUAUGAGUGAUGACAUCAGCAAAGAUUCAGAAGGGAUGGACGAGCAAUGCAGGUGGUGUGCAGAGGGAGGCAGUCUGAUUGGCUGUGAUUACUGCAGUAAUGCCUUCUGUAAGAAAUGUGUUCUGCGUAACCUGGGGAGGAAGGAGUUGUCCACAAUCCUGGAGGAGGAGAGGAAGUGGUACUGUUAUGUGUGCAGUCCCGAGCCAUUGGUGGAGCUGGUUUUGGCCUGCGAUUCCGUUCUAGAGAGUCUAGAACAGGCUCAGAAACGAGCCUCCCGUACUGAGCCGAACUCGGUCCGGGGGAAGGCUAAUAAAGGUGGACGUGGUGCGGCCUAUUUGAUGGGGACAGGAGGUGGGCCGGAGCCCACUGCAGGCCUUUACCAGCAAAUGCAGCGGUUUGUAGAUCUUUCCACAGCUCUGAGCUAUUCCUUCAAGGAAGUCGUUCAAAGUGAAAGAGAGGAACGAGGAAACCAAGAAGAGAGAAUUGGGCAGCUAAGGAUGUUCCGCACUGUGCUGGAUGAUCUGCAAGCUGCCAACAGUGCAUUACAGGAAUCCCUAGACCAUGAGCUAACUGGGUUCAAACGUGCCUGUGGAGUUGAUCGGCAUAAGCCAAAAGGAAAAGGAAGACAGAAAAGGGGAAUGUCAUCACAGAGCCCAGGACUCACUAAAAAGCUGGUGGUUAAACUCACUCCUGUACCGGUUAGUCCACAACCCAUCAGCAGUGCGUGUCUGUCCAUUCAUUCAUCACCUGACAGACAAAAGAUAAAGAGAGGGGUGACAGAUGGAGCACAGGAACAAAGAGGGACAGUGGUGGAGAUAGAAAAGGGGAUGGAAACAGAGGGAAUGGCUGAGAGAGGAGAAGAUGUGGAAAAUUAUUGUGUUAAUGACGAGGAGGAAGAGGAAGAUGAGGAGGAGGAAGAGGACCAGACUGAGCAAAAAGGUUUGUCUUUAUCAGAGGAGAAUAAACGUUCUCCACGUGUGAAAACCACACCACGUCGGCGGCUGACGAACCCCAGCACCACAGCUGAGCACGCUGGUUUAGCUGAGGAUGACUCUGAUUCUGACGAGGUGCCUGAAGUGCUGCUCCAGAACGCUGCUGCCAUGACAAACAGUGAAGACUCUUCCUCACUGUUUGCCAUGGCAGGUAGCAGUUGGGAUGGGGAUGAGGUAAGCCAGCAUGUCAGAAAGCAGUGUCUCUUUGGACUUGUAAAAACCACACCUCCGGACAGAGGCUCUCGUAAGCGGAAUCUCAAAGAGAGAUCAUCGUCAUCCUCAUCAUCCUCUUCUGCGUCUUCAACGAGGGGCUCCCAGGACCAGGGGUCAAUGGUCAGAAUGACCAGGGGAAGAGCCCACAAAGUUGCCAGGAUGUCGGGACCGAGUGGGAGUUCAUCGAGUGAGGUGGGAGGACAGGAACUGGAGAGUGGGCAGAGCAGUGACUCUGACGAUCAGAGGAUCAAACCGCUGACAGAGGGCGUCACAUUGCUGGGCUCUGGAAAUUUCCAGCAGUCUUCUGGUGAUGAGAUGGACAUCCAGCCGGGUCCGUCUUUAUCCGUGGAGGACGAUGAUUUAGAAAAUAGGUACGAUUCAGUCUACAUCAGGGCCACACACACUUUCCCAUCACAGGCCUUAUCCACUGGACUUCGGCUGUCCCAAACGCACUCCAGCGAAAGCUUUGAUCCAAACCUUGUUUAAACGCAUGCACACAUCCCAAACAUCCACAUGCACCCCCACUAGACAGUACUUUUGAACAUGUGUCUCACUCAAACAUGCUUUUUUUGCUCGACCAACACUAUCCGAUUUUUAUUUCCCCACAGUUUCUUCCACACGCAGUAGAGAGAAUCUGUAACCAUAGGCACACACCGCCCAUCAGUGGGGAAGCUCUGAGACCUCACAGUCUAAUGGAAGUCAGUGAAUCAACUCUGGAGAAGCUCCUGUGUUUGAGUUUUGCAACACUGACACAGAUGCAUGUCUUUGGCAGUAUUCCUCAAAGCCACACUCUCCUCUUUACUGUCUGUGCUGCUAAUAAAGCUAUUAAGAGAGUAGAACGAGUCUAAACCUCUUCGCUCGGAUCUGAUGGAUCCUGUGUUCAGUAAGACAGACAACUUCUUGUGUGUGUUUGUGUUUUAGGGCUCAGCUUCCGGGUUCUCAUGCUGUAAUGUUUUCGGUCAGUCAGGACCAAGGCUGUGUGGUUUGCUAACGGUAGGUGUAAAGUAAUAUUUUUGUUAUUGGCAGUGAAAUGUCAUUAUUGUUGGAAUUCGAGUGAUAAAAAUUUUCUUAGUCAGAUAGGGGUACAUUUGUACAGUAUAUUAGCGUUUGUGUUGAACGCAGUUAUAUUUGUUCUUUUUUCAGGACAUUGAUUCUUCAAUAGCCAAAUUUUCUAUGAUUAAGGCGCUUAAGCUGAAGAUUUUUAAAGUUAGUUUUUGUGCGUUAUGAAUUUUUUAAAAAUAGGUUUUAUUAGUAUUUCAUUUUCAAAUCAUUUGCACGGCAUAUAUGCCUUCGUGAAUUGGCAAGAAAUUGCCAAGAAGUUCAUCAUGUUUUAGCAGAAGUUGAUGGAUGACAGGGAUUGGAAAUGUGAGAGAAAGGGAAACUUGACUCCACAUGAAGUUUUUUGAGUUGGUGGUUCAAAAUGGUAGCUUAGAUUGGAGCCAUGGCCCAGAGUUAUGAUGCAUGUACAUUUAAGUCAGACUUUAAGUUCCCAAUGUUUGCUUUGGUGGACCUGGUUUCAGUUUGUGUUAGAAUGUUAAUGGUGGAGCAGCAGGUGGCAGAGAUGAUGCUCGUUGAGGCUCAACAUGCAGUCUGUAAGAGUUUGUGUAGUCAGUUAAAAGCAGUGUGUGUUUGAGGACGAAGAGUGUAGUCUUCACUCUCACAUGGGAGAUUUCUGUGUGUUUUUUGCAUGGUUCUUAUGGAGAGGCAAUAAACACUUAUUUAUUCUUUCUCUUGUUGUUUUUUUUUCCCCCAUUUCGUCUCUUUUUCUGUAGCUUAACAGGGUUCCCACACAUCCUGGAAAACCUGGAACACCUUGAAUUUUGUAAUGCGAUUUUCCAGUAAUGGAUAUGUCAUGGGAAAUGUGCUUAAAUGUCCUCGAAAAAAUGUGUUUGCUGUAACCUUUUAAUCAAACUUGUUCACCGUAUUGUCAACUUUUUCGUAAAGUGAAGAAAUCCUCAGACUGAUCAGGACGUGGUUUUUAUGUAUUCUGUCAUGAAUGACGUUGCAGAAUCAUAUCGUUUUGUUUUAUCAUUUGUGACUGCUUGUGAAUUGUCAUGAGCAGGUACUUGUCAUAGUCUGCACAAUCACUGUCAUUUCUGUCAGAUAUCGCUCACUGAUAUCAAGUGAUGUUGAUAUCAAACCUAUUGCAAAACAUAAUUAUUAUUUCCCAAAGGUUAGUUAUUUAGCCUAUUUGAGUGGGCAGUUUGAAUCAUCCGGGAGCUUCUCUGGUCACACAAAUGAACAUCUAGUUCACGUUAGCUGUGCAUUAAGAACCAUUCCAAUAACUAAAAUACCUCAAUGGUAUAUCACCUGUAAUUUCUAUUCAUCUUUAAUUAAAAUAAUUUUCUUGGUUAAAUACAGCAGAAUCAGAAUCUGUGGCCUGCAGUCCAUUACCACAGAAAAUGACUUGACUCUGUAACCACGACACUUACACAUUACUUAGCAUGAGAUGGGUGCUAUCGGUUAAUAUCUUUUGUGUUUGUUAAGUGUGUAGAAGCUCAAUCAAUCACUGAACCUCGAACUUUACAAUAACAAUAACAAACAUUUUUACUGGAGAAUUCAUGGAAAAUCAAAUCUGCAUUCAUGUUUUUAAAAGCUCAUGCCUUUUAGACUUCCAUUGUAAGUGCUGUGCUUUUUUCAUUUUUAAAAACCAAUGGAUGAGUCAACUUAUUCUGUGGCAAACAAUAGCAGACCACAGAUGUAUUUCUUACAUUUUAGAGAUGCUGGUCAGAUAAAAUGCCUUGAAGAAAUGGAAAGUACUGUCUUGGACAGAGUGGGAACCCUGCCUAACCUUAAUUAUCAUGUUUCCAAUAAUAGAUUAACCCCUGCCAUUUUUCACCCAUCUUUAAAAGUGUCCUUUUCUGUUUGUUUUCCAUUUAUUUACUUUUCUUGUGGAAUUCUCUCAUUUCAAAAACCCUGAAGCUCCAGUAUUUAUUGCAUGCUAAUGUUCUUUGUUCGGAAGUAUUUAUUGUCUUUGUUUUAUGAAACGUUUUACACGGACACUUUUUCAUCAAAAAGCAGCGUGCAUUACUUUGCAUCUCAGAAGAGGUAAUGUAAAUAACUAUGUUAGAGGAAGAGUAAAUGAUAACAAUAACUGUACAAGAAUUGUAGUUUUAAUAAAAAAUGAAUACCCCAGUCA